UUGGCCUUUCUACGACCUCGGACUAUCUACAAAGUAUUCUAGUUUUUGUUUUUUACUCUCAAAACAUCAGCAACCAUCUGUUCGAAUCUAAGUGUGAAUUAGUGAUAGUUUUGUGAGAAACACAAUAAUAUGAAACAAUUCAUAAGCGGAAUUUUGUUGGUGGUGAUGGCAGCAUUGUUGUUGCCCCACACUGAGACAGCCGAGUCGAUUAAGUUCGCUGCGGAUCCCGCGUAUCCCGGCAAAUGUGUGGUGACGCCCAAUCUUAUCCUAAAUCCUGGCCAAGUUGCCCAAUUCCCAGGGUUGACCUGUACUCGCGUCAUCUGCCACGGCCCCAAUAGUUUUGCCACGAUUCAGACCUGCGGAGUUGAAGCUGCUCCGCCUGGCUGCUUUUUGGGUGAACUAAAAUUCCCCAAUGCCGACUAUCCCGAGUGCUGUUACCAUGAAAUAAUAUGCAAUUGACUGAAGAUCAACAACGACGACAACGACCUAGCCACGCCCCUCCAGCAGCUUCACUGCGCCCAACAACAGCACUCGGCUAAUGCGGACAGUGCAUAAAAAUAGAAUAGCAGCCACUGAUUAUGCAUAUAGUACAUAAAGUAUGUCAAAUCUAGGUGAAUGGAAAAAAGUGAGCGAAGUUAUUAUGACAAAUAAAUAAAUAUUGAAGACUACUUGACAGCAGCUGAUGUGUUUAUAUAUAAUAU